GUCGUGGAAACUCUUUCUCUGUGCUCUGUUCUCCGUUUUCAUCUUCUGAUUUUUUCGCCGACAUGGGCGACGCCAUGAAAGUUAAGGUUAAGGACAUCGAGACACUAUUCUCAACGGAUGGCUACUUGAGGCCUUUCGAGCGUGAGAUCCGACGACGACAUGGCGUACUCCAGGAGUGGCUGGACAAGAUCAACCAAGGCGAUGGCGGAAUGGACCAGUUCACGCAGGGAUACAAAUACUACGGCCUGCACUUUCAGCCGGACAACUCGGUGAUUGCCCGGGAGUGGGCACCGGGGGCCAAGAAUGUCUAUCUGGCAGGCGACUUCAAUAACUGGCACUGGGAGUCGCAUCCCUUCAAGAAACUUGAGUUUGGCAAGUGGGAACUGCAUCUGCCCCCCAAUGCGGAUGGCAGUCCACAGAUCAAGCACCUGAGCGAGAUUAAGAUCAUCAUUCGGAACCAUUCUGAUCACUUGCUGGAUCGCCUGUCGCCCUGGGCCAAGUAUGUGGUGCAGCCACCAAAGGAGGCCAACCAAGGGGUUAACUACAAGCAGUACGUGUGGCAGCCACCAGAAUCGGAGCGCUACCAGCGCCAGCAUUCCCGUCCAGCCAGGCCCAAGUCCUUAAGGAUUUACGAGUGCCAUGUGGGCAUUGCCUCGCAGGAGCCGCGCGUGGGCACCUACGACGAGUUCGCCGAUCGCAUUGUGCCCCGCAUCAAGCGGCAGGGGUACAACUGCAUCCAGGUGAUGGCCAUCAUGGAGCACGCCUACUAUGCCAGCUUUGGCUACCAGGUGACCAGCUUCUAUGCCGCCUCCAGCCGCUGCGGCAACCCAGAACAGUUGAAGCGAAUGAUUGAUGUUGCCCAUUCCCACGGGCUGUACGUCCUGUUGGAUGUCGUCCACUCGCAUGCCUCGAAGAAUGUACAGGAUGGCUUGAACCAGUUUGACGGCACCAAUAGCUGCUUCUUCCACGACGGAGCCCGCGGCGAGCACUCUCUGUGGGACAGUCGUCUGUUCAACUAUGUGGAGUACGAGGUGCUGCGCUUCUUGCUGUCCAACCUGCGCUGGUGGCACGACGAGUACAACUUUGAUGGCUACCGCUUCGAUGGCGUCACCUCAAUGCUGUACCAUUCGCGAGGCAUUGGCGAGGGCUUCAGCGGCGACUACAAUGAGUACUUUGGCCUGAAUGUCGACACGGAUGCUCUCAACUAUCUGGGGCUGGCCAAUCAUAUGCUGCACACGCUGGACCCCGAAGUCAUCACCAUUGCGGAGGAUGUCUCGGGAAUGCCGACGCUGUGCCGUCCCGUCUCGGAGGGCGGCAUUGGCUUCGAUUAUCGCCUGGGCAUGGCUAUACCGGACAAGUGGAUUGAGCUGCUCAAGGAGCAGAGCGACGACCAAUGGAGCAUGGGGGACGUAGUCCACACCCUAACCAAUCGCCGCUGGAUGGAAAAUACGGUGGCGUACGCAGAGUCGCACGAUCAGGCCCUGGUCGGGGACAAGACCAUUGCCUUCUGGCUGAUGGACAAGGAGAUGUACACGCACAUGUCGACGCAGUCGGACUCCAGCUUGAUUAUCGAUCGUGGCCUGGCACUGCACAAGAUGAUACGCCUGAUCACACAUGCCCUCGGCGGAGAGGCCUAUCUGAACUUCAUGGGCAAUGAGUUUGGACAUCCCGAGUGGCUGGACUUCCCCCGCGUGGGCAACAACGACUCGUACCACUAUGCCCGUCGGCAGUGGAACCUGGUGGACGACAACAUGCUGAAGUACAAAUACCUCAAUGAGUUCGAUCGGGCCAUGAACGAGGCUGAGCAGCGCUACGGUUGGCUGCAUUCCGGACCCGCCUACGUCAGCUGGAAGCACGAGGGCGACAAGAUCAUCGCCUUUGAGCGUGCCGGACUGGUCUUCGUCUUUAACUUCCAUAUACACCAGAGCUUUACUGGCUACCGCGUGGGCACCAACUGGGCGGGCACCUAUCAGGCGGUGCUCUCCUCAGACGAUCCUAGGUUUGGCGGCCACAACCGCAUCGAUGGCAAUGUUAAGCAUCGCUCCGACCCGGAGGGAUACGCUGGUCGUUCCAACUUCAUUGAGGUCUACAGCCCAUCACGUACGGCCGUAGUCUAUGCCCGCGUCAGCGAUUAAGCUCGAUAGGCAUCAAACUCAGAUCACUAAAAUUAUUAAUGCCUAAACGAAUUUCAAUGCUAGUAAUUAGACUUUGGUUAUGUUCCGAAUCGAAUCGGGAAAGCUACUACUGAAAUACAUAUAUACACCCUGA